UCUUCGUUCGAGAAGGAAAAGGGAUGUUCCAGAUACAGAAAAUCGUCAAACCAUUUACUACAAAGUCCGUUUCUGGGUGGAGUUAGUGGAACCGAAAAAGAUGUCUCCCUCACAGCGUUUGUGACAAAAGAAUUGCAUCGUUCCUUGGCGGCCUUUCAACAGAAGAAUAUUCAGAGAUUUCCCGAGUGUAGCACGCUGAGUAUUGUUAUCCCGAUAGUUCUUUCGUAUCAGUCCGUGUGUAUUCCUGGGCGAAUGUGCUCGUGUGGUCUCAGGAGUUGGGGAGGUCACGGCUCUGGGACAGCCGUUUCAUCGCUCGAUGCUGCAGAACCUACCCCGGAAGAGAGAGCCCAGAGAAUUGCCAAAGCUGUCCGCAAACAGUCAACAGAAGUGAAGGAAAAUUGGGAGCAAUUGAAAACCCGUGCGAGCAACUGGCAGAAACAGGUGGAAAAGGCGUUGGAGAAACUUCAAGAACUGCAGAAAGCGCUGGAUGAUCUUGAGGCUCAUGUGAUAACAGCUGAGGGGGUCCACACUGAUUGGCAACCUGUGGGUGACCUGCUUAUUGACUCAUUGCAGGAUCACAUUGAUAAAACCACAGGUAAGGACUAUCUGCAAAAUCUGAGAUUGGGUUUUGAAAGACAGCAGCCUUUGUUUUGGAGAGAUAAUGGGAACUGCAGAUGCUGGAGAAUGCGAGAUAACACCGUGUGGAACUGGAUGAAGACAGCAGGCCAAGCAGCAUCUCAGGAGCACAAAAGCUGACGUUUCGGGCCGAGAACCUUCUUCAGAAAAUGGGGAGGGGGUGCGGGUUCUGGAAUAAAUAGGGAGAGAGGGGGAGGCGGAUGGAAGAUGGAUGGAGGAGAAGAUAGGUGGAGAGGAGAGUAUGGGUAGGGAGGCAGGGAGGGGAUAGGUCAGUCUGGGGAGGCCGGACAGGUCAAGGGAGCGGGAUGAGGGGAAAUAGGGGUGCGGCAUGAGGUGGGAGGGGGGAUGGGUGAGAGGAAGAAUAGGUUAGGGAGGCAGGGACGAGCUGGGCUGGUUUUGGGAUGCAGUGGGAGGACAGGAGAUUUGGAAGCUUGUGAAAUCCACACUGAUACCAUUGGGCUGCAGGGUUCCCAAGCAGAAUAUGAGUUGCUGUUCCUGCAACCUUCGGGUGGCGUCAUUAUGGCACUGCAGGAGGUCCAGGUUGGACAUGUCCUCUCAGGAAUGGGAGGGGGAGUUGAAAUGGUUAGUGACUGGGAGGUGCAGUUGUUUAUUGCAAACUGAGCGUAGGUGUUCUGAAAAGUGGUCCCCAAGCCUCUGCAUCGUUUCCCCAAUGUGGAGGAAGCCACAACGGGGACAGCGGAUGUUUUGGAUAUUUCUUAAGCAUUGAUUUUCAUUCAGAGUUGGUUGGAUUUUGCUGAAGCAAUAGACAUAACUCACUAUGACAUAGACAAUGUCAGAGUUAAUGUUUCGCGUCCUGUGACCCUUCCUCAGAUCUCACUCUUCACUGAUGCUGCCAGACCUGCUGAGCUUUUCCAGCAACUUCUGCUUUUGUUGCUGAUUUACAGUGCCCACAGUUAGAACAUAGAACAUAGAACAGUACAGCACAGAAAAGGCCCAUCAGCCCACAAUGUUGUGCCGACCAUUGAUCCUCAUGUAUGCACCCUCAAAUUUCUGUGACCAUAUACAUGUCCAGCAGUCUCUUAAAUGACCCCAAUGACCAUGCUUCCACAACUGCUGCUGGCAACGCAUUCCAUGCUCUCACAACUCUCUGCGUAAAGAACCUGCCUCUGACAUCCCCUCUCUACUUUCCACCAACCAGCUUAAAACUAUGACCCCUCGUGCUAGCCAUUUCUGCCCUGGGAAAUAGUCUCUGGCUAUCAACUCUAUCUAUGCCUCUCAUUAUCUUGUAUAUCUCAAUUAGGUCCCCUCUCCUCCUCCUUUUCUCCAAUGAAAAGAGACCGAGCUCAGUCAACCUCUCUUCAUAAGAUAAGCCCUCCAGUCCAGGCAGCAUCCUGGUAAACCACCUCUGAACCCUCUCCAAAGCAUCCACAUCUUUCCUAUAAUAGGGCGCCCAGAACUGGACGCAGUAUUCCAAGUGCGGUCUAACCAAAGUUUUAUAUAGCUGCAACAAGAUCUCACGACUCUUCAACUCAAUCCCCCUGUUAGUGAAAGCCAAAACACCAUAUGCUUUCUUAACAACCCUGUCCACUUGGGGGGCCAUUUUAAGGGAUCUAUGUAUCUGCACACCAAGAUCCCUCUGUUCCCCCACGCUGCCAAGAAUCCUAUCCUUAAUCCUGUACUCAGCUUUCAAAUUCGACCUUCCAAAAUGCAUCACCUCGCAUUUAUCAAGGUUGAACUCCAUCUGCCACCUCUCAGCCCAUCUCUGCAUCCUGUCAAUGUCCCACUGCAGCCUACAACAGCCCUCUACACUGUCAACGACACCUCCGACCUUUGUGUCGUCUGCAAACUUGCUGACCCAUCCUUCAAUUCCCUCGUCCAAGUCAUUAAUAAAAAUUACAAACAGUAGAGGCCCAAGGACAGAGCCCUGUGGAACUCCACUCACCACUGACUUCCAGGCAGAAUCUUUUCCUUCUACUACCACUCGCUGUCUUCUGUUGGCCAGCCAAUUCUGUAUCCAAGCAGCUAAGUUCCCCUGUAUCCCAUUCCUCCUGACCUUCUGAAUGAGCCUACCAUGGGGAACCUUAUCAAAUGCCUUACUGAAGUCCAUAUACACCACAUCCACAGCUCGACCCUCAUCAACUUUUCUAGUCACAUCCUCAAAACCUCGAUAAGGUUUGUAAGGCAUGACCUACCCCUCACAAAGCCGUGUUGACUGUAUUUGAUCAAGCCAUGCUCUUCCAGAUGGUCAUAAAUCUUAUCCCUCAGAAUCCUUUCUAACAACUUGCAGACGACAGACGUGAGACUUACCGGUCUAUAAUUGCCAGGGAUUUCCCUAUUUCCUUUCUUGAAGAGACGAAUUACAUUUGCCUCUCUCCAGUCCUCAGGUACGACUCCAGUGGAGAGCGAGGAUGCAAAGAUCUUCGCAAGUGGCGAAGCAAUUGCAUUUCUCGCUUCCCAAAGCAGCCGAGGACAAAUCUGAUCCGGGCCUGGCGACUUGUCAAUCUUAAUGUUUGACAAAAUUUUCAGCACAUCAGCUUCGUCUAUCUCUAUCCAUUCCAGCAUGCACACCUGCUCUUCAAAGGUUUCAUUCACUACAAAGUUGGUUUCUUUCGUAAAGACAGAAGCAAAAAACUCAUUUAGGGCUUCCCCUACCUCCUCAGGCUCCACACACAAGUUCCCUAUGCCAUCCCUGAUCGGCCCUAUGACGCAGGCAAAACUCUAUCUCUGCAGGAAGCAUGAUGCUGUGUUCUCAAACUUCCCUGCCUUUUUGUCAUAUAAUAUUGUCUUUUUAGGACAGAAGUGGCUUUUUUUUGUUUGCUUUGACUUGUGCACAUACUUUCUAUGCAUGUUAAAAUUCUACACCUUUUCAGUUCACUGCAGUGCUGCAUAAUGAAGACUUGGAACAAUUUUUUUUUAUAAAGUAGAAAAUCAGUGUGGUUUGUUUUCCAAAAUGUGAUGUGUAAGUGCAACACUUAACAGUGUGUUCAUCUAACUAUUGUUUCCUUUGAUCUUUGUGUUGCAGAAAUUUUUAGAAUCAUUUCAUCUCUAUUUUUCUUGAUAUAUUUCGCAGCUUUCCUGGAGCAAGUCUGGUUUCCUUCGGAUGAGACGACUUUCAGACAUACUCCCUUUAUUAUGAGAUUUAAUUGCGGUAAAAUGAGGAGGAUUUUUAUUCACUGAGACACACAUGACUAUAUGUUUAAAGCAUUGGAAAAUGCGUUCUGUUCGGACUGUCAUGUUAUCUGGUGUUUGUACCAGGCUUUCCGAUUAAAUGCAAGUGAUUAAGGAUGCUAA